AUGUUCGAAUCCGCCGAGCAGCAUUGGCAACAGCCCCAAGAAAGCCCAUCGGGGCCCACCAAACUGGCACAUCAAUUUUGGUUCUCAUAUCCGCCACCAGGCGCUGGCGGAGGCUCUUCUAACAGCAAAACAUCACAAACGGACGAGGAGAAGCAACGUGACCGGCAGCGCAACGAACGCGAAGCCAAAAAAGAAGAACAGGACGCAAUUAAUUACAAGCGCGACAAGGAGGCACGUGAGGCACGUUUGUUAGAUUUUGAAAUCAGACGGCAACAGGAACGUGAAAAGAAAAAAGAAGAACACAAACAGCAACAUCAUCAGCAACAACAGCAACAACAGCAACAGCAACAACAGCAGCAACAGCAACUACAAAAACAAGCACAAAGUGAGAAGAGCCCGCCAACAACUUCUGCAUAUUCACAGCUGCAACAACAACAGCUGCAACAGCAACAACAACAGCUGCAGUUACAGCAACAGUUACAGCUACAACAACAACAACAACAGCAGCAGCAGCAGCAACAGCAACAGCAGCCUGGUGUGAGUGGUAUCAGUAUUAGUGGGCCAGCACUAAUACAACACACGCCACCGGAUCGUUCCCUGCCACCAGCAUUUCGUAGUCGUUCCAUUGAACGCGAGUUACUGCACGAACGGAAACGGUUUUCGGCACCGGAAACAGCUGAAUUUCGGGAGAAGCUAAGCACGACACCAUCACCGCAAACUAUUACUGGACCGCCGCCUCCAACACAUUCGGUGGUGGCGGGCCCACCGGCAACAGCAGCAGCUGCUACAGCUGCAAUAAUACCAAUUUUACCAUUAGGAGUUGCCACACUACGUGAUGACUCCACCGAGUCUGAGCAAUCCGUGACAUGCUCACAGGCCCAGCCAGAUGCGUAUCAUCGUAUAAUGUAA